AGGCUGGCCACGCCCCCCCCCCCCUCGUGUCGUCACGCCGACCAGGCUCGGUCGGUGCAGGAAGCAGGAAGGAGGUUGAAGGGAUCGGUGUGACGUCACAUCCCGGUCUUGGUGCGGAUCCCCAUGGAUAAGGAACUCCCGGCAGCUCAGCGAGACCGACUGGAGGACAGGACAGAAGUAAUAGUGUUUUGCACAGAUGGCAGCAGGUUUACCAGUAGUACCAACGUCACUGGAUUUUUAGCACGGAUAUCAAUGUGACUGCAUAGUUAGUCUCAAAGUAUUUUCAAGAUGACCCAAGAUCGAGGGAAAUAUGAUUUCUACAUUGGUCUUGGAUUGGCGAUUAGCUCAAGCCUUUUUAUUGGUGGAAGCUUCAUCUUGAAGAAGAAAGGACUUCUGCGACUGGCUCGGAAGGGCUCUAUGAGAGCAGGUCAAGGAGGCCAUGCAUAUCUCAAAGAAUGGUUGUGGUGGGCUGGACUACUCUCAAUGGGUGCUGGUGAAGUUGCUAACUUUGCAGCCUAUGCCUUUGCUCCAGCCACCCUGGUGACACCUUUGGGGGCUCUAAGUGUUUUAGUCAGUGCCAUCUUGUCAUCGUAUUUCUUGAGUGAAAGGUUAAACCUUCAUGGGAAGAUUGGAUGUCUCCUGAGUAUAUUGGGGUCAACUGUGAUGGUCAUCCAUGCCCCUAAGGAAGAAGAGAUUGAAAACUUGAAUGCAAUGUCAAUUAAAUUAGCAGAUCCAGGUUUUUUAAUUUUUGCCACUGCGGUGGUCAUGGUGUCUUUGAUCCUGAUCUUUGUUGUGGGUCCUCGUCAUGGGCAAUCUAAUAUUUUGGUUUACAUCGCAAUUUGUUCUGUCAUUGGAGCCCUUUCUGUCUCAUGUGUUAAAGGAUUGGGUAUUGCUAUUAAAGGAUUCUUUCAUGGAGAGCCGAUUCUGAGGCAUCCUAUUUUCUGGAUUCUACUUUUCAGCCUUAUAGUUUGCGUUAGCACUCAGAUAAACUAUUUAAACAAAGCUCUGGACAUAUUUAACACUUCAUUAGUGACUCCAAUUUACUAUGUGUUCUUUACCACCUCUGUGCUCACAUGCUCUGCAAUCCUCUUCAAGGAAUGGCAACAUAUGUCCACUACUGACAUGAUUGGCUCGUUCAGUGGAUUCCUAACCAUUAUUAUCGGGAUCUUCUUAUUGCACGCUUUUAAAGAUGUUACCUUCUCACUAUCUAACUUGCCUGUUUCUCUGCGAAAGGAUGACAGAUUGUUAAAUGGAAGCCUGUCAAGCACUGUUUAUGAGCACCUUAAUGGUGAUGAAGAAAGCCAAACUCGUGAUAAUGAACUACAAAUAAAUGAAAGCUUUUCGUCUCGUAGAAAUGGAAGCCUGGCAGCAUUUUGAAUAGCACAAUCUUCAUUGCCAGAAAAAUAAAACUUUUGUGAUGACUCACUUUAUAAACAUGAAGUCUUUGUAAUUGGGUUUUUGAUACUUUAUCUUUAUGGCUUCAAGUUGCAUCAGUACCAACAAGGAGAACGCUAACAUGCUUCUCUCAACCAGACUGCUCCACAUCUUCUACACCUGAACGCCUCAAUGCUUCUAAACACUUGAAAGGUGCAGAGACUGAAUGUCUGUAAAAUAAGUGUCUCACAUUGCAGCAAAAAUGUAAUCCCAUAUUCUUAAAUGUAAAAAACAAAAACAAAUCACGUUUGCCCAGGAGAUAAUUAAAUGGGAUGUUCUAAAGAACAUGCUGAAACCAUAAGGUGCCUGCAAAAGGAUAUUAGAUGAUGUACCUUUAUCUGCUUCUAACUAAAUUAUGUGUACUUUUUCAUUGGUACUGAUAUAUAUUUUUGCAUACUUUUCUUAUAUUUGGGAUUAUAUGUGUCUUUACAACACUGAUAAAAAUCAUUGCUGGAUUAGAGAGAUUGGGAACUGUGUUAAACAAAGAAGUUCUGGAAGGCAGAACGAGUUCCAGAACAGUAUUUAAGAAAUGUUGUGGCUCAUGGCCAGCGAAACAACCAUUAUAUAUCCAUAUCAGCUUGUUGAUUGAAAAUGAUAUUCCAUUCUCUCCUGGUAGACAGCAGUUAAUGUGAAUGAAUAUGCUAUUCAGAGAGCUGCUAUGGUAAGGAUGUUAUUGAACUGGCUCGUCAUGGCUGUUUGCCAGAGUUGCAGUUAACCAAAAUUGUUAAUUUGGUAAUGAAAGGUGAUUUUAUAAAGAUAUGUAGACAAUCUCUUUAAGCUUGAUUUAAUUUCAAUUAAGUAUCAAAGGAGGGGUUUAAUUUUGAUUUCUAUGAUGCUAAAUGAACCUUUUAAUGUAAAUUUUUCUGGUUCCUUAAUAUAGGCAUGUAAAACUGUAAAUAAUUUUUAAAUUUAAUUUUAAGAAUUAAGCAAACGCACUGAUAACUUUUGCUGCAUAUAAAA